ACCUCACCUCAAGCUCUCCUCCACAUCACGACAACAGGAAACUAAUACUAGACAGAUUACAUUAUGGCUGCAGCAGAGACGCGUAGGCUGCUCGAGCAGCUCAUGGGCGAACAGCUCAUGAACGGAACCGACCAGCGCGCGCCCCAGCUCAGCAUUACCGACCCCAAGGUCUGUCGCUCGUAUCUAGUCGGCAACUGCCCGCACGAUCUCUUCACCAACACCAAGAACGAACUGGGGCCCUGUCCCAAAGUCCACAAUGAGGCGCUCAAGACCGAGUACCAGGAGGCCGACGCAGACCAGAAGCGCAAGUGGGGCUUCGAGUUUGACUACAUGCGCGACAUGCAGCAUCACAUUGACGCCUGUAAUCGCAAGAUAGAUUCGGCCCAGCGCCGCCUAGAAAAGACGCCUGAAGAGAUCCGGCAGACCAACGCUCUUCUCAAAGCAAUCAACGAACUCACAAAGUCCAUCGAAUCCGGCAUGCUGGAAAUCAAGAUAAUGGGCGAGGAAGGCAUGGUCAACAUGGCCGUCCAGGAGUUCACCAAAGUCCGCUACAAGAAGGCCGAGAAGGAGGAACGCGAGCGCGAACUACGGGCCCUUUCCGACACGGGCGGCCCUUCGGGACACCAGAAACUCCAAGUGUGCGAUGUAUGCGGUGCAUACCUCAGCCGUCUGGACAACGAUCGUCGGUUAGCAGACCAUUUCUACGGAAAGAUGCAUCUCGGCUACGCCCAGAUGCGCAAGUCGUACGAGGCGCUGUCCAAGGAACUCAAGGACCGUGCGCCGCCUCGCAACUCGUAUGCUCCCUCUGGCAGUGACAUGGAUCGAGGCAGUGGAGGCGGAUGGGGUGGCGGUGGUGGCUACGGCGGAGGCGGCGGAGGCGGCGGCUACCGUGGCGGACGAGGAGGUCGUCGCGGCGGCAGAAGAGGAGGCUGGUAAAAGGAAAAAAACGGUGUCUCCCUUGUGUCUUCGGCGUUAAGGUGUGUCGACUUGAGAUUCCCAAAAAACUGGUGCAGCUUACCACAGUAUAUUUUUAUUGGUUCUUGUUUUUUUUGGGGGGCAGAGAUGCGAAAGAGAAGGGAACAAAACACACGAAAACUACCGCGAUUUGGGGCUGUUAGGGCUGUACAACAGGUUUAGCGACGUUUUACUGAUGGUCCUCCCUCCCAGUGGAGCCCUGCUUGAGCUUGUCAAUCUUCUCGAAUUACAUGUACGCUU